ACAUUUCUAGUUUAUUCUCUCACCUCCUUCCGGAAGACAAAAGCAUAGAAUAGUCUGAAUAAGAAAAAAAAAGCAAAGCUGCUACAAGAAGUGCGAACUGGUUCUCCCUUGAGACUUUCCCUCUCUGUUUCCUUUCUCCAUCGGCGCCCUCCUAAACCCUACUCUUUGAUCUUCCUCCAUUGAUUCUUCAGUUUUAAUAGACCAAAUCUACGAUGCUGGGCAUUUUAAGGCGCAAGGUCGCUUCUGGCGCCUCUUCUGCUUCGCGUUUAGGGAAAUCUAGGUAUGCGGUUCGACCUGCAGUGUGUACAUCUAGAAUUUCAUCUGAAGCAACAGAAGAGAUAUUACUUCUUCCUCGACAAUGCGGUCAUGCUCGGCAUUUCAGUCACCUUGUUUUACCUGGAUGCUCAAUGAACUUGAGGCUAGAAAGGGGAGCUGUGGGUAAUCUUCACACAAGUCUAUCACAACAGAUUUGCAGCAGGCCUUUUUGUUCAAAUAGUGGUGAUCUGGUCGAUGCUGUUGUUCCUUAUAUGGGUGAAUCCAUAAGCGACGGCACACUGGCUAAAUUGCUGAAGAAUCCUGGUGACAAAGUAGAAGUUGAUGAGCCAAUUGCUCAGAUUGAAACAGAUAAGGUAACAAUUGAUGUAACCAGUCCUGAAGCCGGUGUAAUCCAAAAGUUUGUAGCUAAGGAAGGAGACACUGUGGAACCAGGCUUCAAGGUUGCUAUCAUUUCAAAAUCCGGUGAGGGUGUGGAGAGUGUAGAUCAUGUUGCUCCAUCUGAGAAGCCAUCUGAAAAAGAAGCUCUGAAGCCACCUUCUCCCGUUCAAGAGAAAAAAGAGGAAGAGAUAAAACUCAAAGUUGAUACAGCUCCUGUGAAGGAGAAGUCUAAGGGAACUUCACCGCCUCCUAAACGCUCUGCUACAGAACCGCAACUUCCACCUAAAGAGCGGGAAAGACGAGUUCCCAUGACUAGGCUCAGGAAAAGAGUUGCCACUCGAUUGAAAGAUUCUCAGAAUACAUUCGCAUUGUUGACUACAUUCAAUGAAGUUGAUAUGACAAAUUUGAUGAAGCUCCGAUCCGAGUACAAAGACACGUUUGUUGAAAAGCAUGGCGUGAAGUUAGGACUCAUGUCCGGAUUUGUGAAGGCAGCAGUUAGUGCACUCCAGAAUCAACCUAUAGUUAAUGCAGUUAUUGACGGCGAUGACAUCAUAUAUCGAGACUAUGUAGACAUCAGUAUAGCUGUUGGAACCCCAAAGGGUCUGGUUGUCCCUGUUCUCCGUGAUGUUGACCGAAUGAAUUUUGCUGAGAUAGAAAAGACAAUAAACGAACUUGCUAAGAAGGCAACUAAUGGAACCAUCUCUAUUGAUGAAAUGGCUGGAGGAUCGUUUACAAUAUCCAACGGUGGUGUCUAUGGAAGUCUUCUAAGUACCCCCAUCAUAAAUCCUCCCCAGUCUGCUAUCUUGGGAAUGCAUUCAAUAGUGAAUCGCCCAAUGGUUGUUGGAGGCGACAUUGUCUCAAGACCAAUGAUGUACGUUGCACUGACAUAUGAUCAUAGGCUGAUUGAUGGAAGAGAGGCAGUAUACUUUUUGAGAAGGAUCAAAGAUGUGGUAGAAGAUCCACGUCGCCUGCUCCUUGAUGUUUGAGGAUAGAUAUACAACCAUCUCUGGCUUUUGAUUUGACUUUUCGUGGUAUACCCAAGUGUUUGUGCAAGCUAAAAACCAGAAUAAACGUCGUCAAAGUUAUUGAGGCCUUUGACAUUGCUUUUGUCCCUGAUUAUUCAAUCAAGUUGCAACCAUCUAUACUUGAGACAUAAAUAGAGCUAUGUAACAAUUCAAUCUUUCCCUUUCCCUGAUUCAUCCUUUUCCACAACUCUAUACUUUUCACAUGAUGCCCAAGGAUUGCUUGAAUAUAUUUCACCAGCUUUAACUGUUUUUAUGCAUUUCAGUUUCAUGUUA